AUGUGGUACCUAAUCGUAGGCUCUUUUUUCUUUUCUGCUUGUGCAGGCCAAAGCAUCUACACGGAUAGAGUCGGUGAGGUGCGUGUGAAGCGUCAAGGUCACCAGCAGCCCCAACCUCAGCAAGUGCCCGUCCAGAACUACAAUUACCGGCCGUACAACGAGGCCCCGGAUCGAAUCAAGCAGCUCCUCCAGGCCCAGCAGGCUCGCGAGCCCCUGGUGCACCUCCCCGCCCCUCACCAGCAGCAACCCGCUCCGAUACCAGCUGGCCCACACGCAGCCACGGCGUCGCAACACCAGCAGGUGCCCCAGGCCCAGACAAACCAGUACACCCCCAAGGUCCAGUAUGGGCAAGCACCGCCCCAGCCGACGUACAAAGGUGUCUAUCCGGCCCAGCCCAGUCCGCAGCCUGGGCCAGUGCCCCAGAAUACCUACACGCCCCAAUACAAGCAGCGCUACAAUCCACAAACGGUGCCGACUAAUCAGGUCCCGGCCCCCGCACCCGCCCCCUACCAUGCGCAGCCACAAGCUGGACCAUCUCAGUUCCCCAAGAAUCUGCCGCCACACAUUCAAAAGAUUAUCGAGUCCCAGCGAGCUUUCCAAGGUUAAGACACAUGUUCU